GUGUUUCAGGCCUAAAAUCAAUGAACUUCAGUGCGAAGAACUCGCGAUUGCGUGUAGCCCGCUGUAAAUGCCCGCAGGAAGUGUGAAGCCCGGUAAUGUAUUUAUUCAUGAGAGCCAUGUUAUUGCAUGUACUCUAGCGCGUUGCGUAAUUGAGAGUGAAAACAACAGUACUGAUAAGAGACUUACUGCCAAGCUACAAGACGUCACCGAUAAAGUCAGGCUUGUAGACGUUAAAUGGACUCUUGGGCAUGAAUCCUACAGAGAAGAAAAUUUAAUGGAGACGGGUAAGAUGGAAUCUUCAUGCUUGUUUGGAGUCGAAGAGAUCAUCGUGAGGCGGCUCUCUCGACCAACUGAUCUUUCAAGUGGGCAAUGCAUCUUUUGUGAAUUCCUAUUCACCUACAAUUAUUUAUAAACCGAAGGCGAACUCUUAUAUUUCACAUGGAGACUGUACCCUGACGAAUUCUAGAAGUCGUGCUUGUCCUGCACAUACUUUUUUUUCAGAUUCGACACUUACAGUAACAAUAACAACAAUGAUGAACGGCAUCGUAAACUGUCAACGAAUGACGAUCGAUGAUUGGUCACUCUGUUGAUUUUCAUAACGUUGUAUAACACUCUAUUAAACACUGCUUGCGUGCUACUUUAUCACAUAUCUCGUGCUACUUUCUAUAU